ACCCAAAGCCUGAAAUACCGUCGGUGUGUUGCGCCGUCACUCAUACACACCACCUACCAUUCCUUUUCUGAAUUCCGGUCCAUAUGUCCUCAGAUUAUACUCCCAGCUUCCCUGCGUGCGACAGCGUCCAAGAACUCAGUGAAUCGUACAAGCUAUUCAUCAAGGUCGUCGGACCCUUCGUACCCUCGCUUGCACUGCGCCAAGGUGACAAGGCUCAGGCAUUGACACUACGCCUACUCGAGGAAUCCAAGGAAAUCAUGGACGAAGACCUUCACGAUGAGCUUCAGUAUCAAUACGGGCAGCUUGUUCAAAUCCGACGUCAUAUCAAGGGUGGACCCAUGGGACGCAUGAAACGAUAUGCAGACGUCUCCCUUUUCUUGCAGCGUGCACUCAGAUUAAACGGGAGGACAGUGACUUUAUCACGAAAUGCGCGCGAUCAAGAUAUGUGGAAAAAGAAGGGAAAGAACGGAUUCUAUCGGCUUACACUCCGGAGAAGGGCGUCUACUACCUCAGAACUCACGAUCAUGACUGCGAAAGAAGGAAGAGGGGACCAGCCUGCACCGCCUUCCCCUAACCUUAUCGCCGACUCAGAGUCAGUGGACAUCACUGAUCAGCCUGAGCAGACGGAACCCAGCCGGGCGAGGACACAGACAAAACCUAAGACCCGGAUGUGGGAAGCUUACAUCCGGCCGUCGGAGAUCGAUCCCUACCGUGACGGCGAGUCGACUGCUCAUCUCUCUAUCAACUUAGACGCACAAUCGGACGACGGAGAGUCCGACGGAGAGGCUGGUGUCAAUAUCAGCGUCAGGUUCGGGCCAACGGAGGAAGAAGCUGCCCCAUCCGAGUCUGAGCUCGGAGAUGAUACAUGAAGGCAUCACAUCGCUUUGAUGAGGAACGUUGAUGCCUCCAUCGACGGCGCGCUGGUCGCGCUUCGUAAACAUGUAUUCAGACCAACAUGUAGUCAUCCACACUGUCGUUACCCAUCUCCGAGUCGUGCAUGCUGUAGCGUUUCGACCUCA